GCAUUUUCGAUGUGGGUGUUUCUGACUUCUGAUUUGUCUAUCCAUUUUAUUACGUGAAGAGCUUGCAUUUCUGUUAAUGUUGAUUAUUUUACCCCGUCACUUUUGGAACAAUUCGAAGGAAGCUAUAUAGUUAUUUGUUGUAGCCACUUGGUUUCUGUUUCAGUUGAAACUGUCCUGGUUUAGUUGUCAAUUGUGAUUGGUAGAAACUUUGUGCUAGGGCAGGGAAAUUCACUAAAACUGUGAAGCCUGUGUUUAGUGAGGAUAAACGAAUGUACAGAUAUCAUUUUUGUUUUGAAAACUUAAUAAUCUGGACAGUGUAUCUGUUCACAAGCUAUUCUUGUUGACCAAUGUCAUCUGUCACAAUGGGUUGAAAGAAAAACAAUUGGAAUAGAUCUGUAGCAUUUUCAUUCCAUGAUAGAAACUGAAAUUAUCCAUUUUCAUCUAAACUGAUUCAAAGAUUAUCUUCAACAAGUAACUGAAUAUGUAAUUUUUAUUGAUGAUUCAAGAGUGAUCAUAUGAUGUGUAAUCAUUUUUUGAUUUGUUCGUCAUUAUGAUAUUCAAAUUGUGGAGUGUACUUCAUCAAAAGUGCGGGUUCGAUCUAAAAUUGUGGAGUGUACUUCAUCAAAGUUUGCCGAUGCCCAUCUUGCAGCUCUCGCUGCCAUCUUUGGAUGUAAAGCUGAUGACAGCGUGUUGGAAGCUCUGGAAUUCGGGAUAUAAUUAUGCCUUUUAGACAAGAUAUUCAAAACUUUAUUUGUAUCAAGAAACCUACACUACCAGAGUCUUCUUUGGAAUUGCUUAGAGAAGUGGACCCAGAGAUCCAAUCUAUGGCUGCAUCAUCAUCAGUGGAGCAGAAUGGUAUCAAGAAACACGACAAUCAUCAGUCCUUAUGCAAUGUCCACCAUCUUAACUCCAAUAUUGAUACACCUAGGCCCACUAUUGCCAGUACUGAGCUUCAGCCUGGGAAUUUAACAAAUUUAGUCAACAACCUUGAAAAAGGUAAUUUCAAGCAGUGUCCAGUCGAAUCAACUGUUGAUCUUGAUAAGCCACUUGAAACAGACAGAAGGUUCUACAAUCAAGCACGGGAAUAUGCUAUAAAUGCUGCUACUGUUGGCACAAGGGCUUCAGAAAAGGAUCCUUCUAAUGUGAACAGUAACAUGUCAGGUUCUUCUACUAGCUGCAAUACGACUUUGCAGGGAAACAUUGCAGAACCCUUAUCAAAGAAGAGUAUGGUAGAUGAAACCACUGUGGUUCAAGCACAACCUUGUAAAGGAAAAUCACCAAAUCCACCAGAUUAUAAUAAUGUGAUAAAGAGACCAAAUGAUGAUAGCAUCAGUUAUCAAUCAUUGAAGGAUCCCAGAUAUGAAAGCAAAACCUUGCAGGCUACGAUGACUCCAUCUUUUGACAAAAGCAAUGAUGUUUUACCAAUCAAUACAUCUGAAGCAAGCGAUUUUCCUGAGCCUAUUGGUACAGAGGAUACAACAAUGGUUCAACAGCUGAAUAGCUGCAAAACUCACCUCAAUCAUUUGCAGCAUGACAGUGGUCUGAAGGUAAACCAAGAUCUAGAUGGCACUGCCAGCAUUCAGCCUGUUGAAAAGUAUUCCAUUCAUGAGGAAUCAAUUCUGCGAGCUACUAGCGUUAUACCCUCUGUAAGCUGCAAUGGUGCUAUGCAAGAAGACAAAUCUAAAAGCAAUUUUGCAUCAGGCAAUACUACUGAGCAUCCUGCAAUUUUUGAAAAGCAGAAAUGUGACAAGUCUCAACUGCAAGUUAGUUGUGCUGACAAAAGCAAACACGCUCUGCACGAUGAUGCCACCAUGUUGGGAAAGAACAAGGACGUCUGUGGUGGUCUGAAUGUGCAGGGUGCUCCAGAGUCUCAUAGCCGCAAUCUAACCUUGCAUGAUAAGAUUUCAGAAGCCCACUGUUUAUCUGAUCAGAACAUUGGAAAGAGCACAAAUGACAUCCAGAAACGUAGUUGCAAUAUAUCUAUUUCAAUCUCUUGUCAGGAUAGAUACAGAAAAACAGCAAAACAAGAUUCAAACAAGCAAACCAUUGGGAAAACUGUGGCAGAAACAUCACAUGCCCAUUCCUCAGAUGAUAGUAUCAGUGGAUUUGCUGCUGCUUGUCUGCUGUCAAUGAGUGGUGAAAUUCCACUAUGCAGCCAGGAUCAAGAAGCCAAUGAUUCCCACAGGGUCUCACCAGAACAAGAUUUAUGCAUAAAAUGUGGAAAAGGUGGCCACCUGCUUCAAUGUAGCAGCUGCUUGUUAUCUGCUCAUGACAGCUGUUUUGGUUCAUCAUUGACAUUUGAAGACCCUAGACAGUUACAUUGCCCAGUAUGCAUCUAUGCUAAAGCCACUGAAGAAUACAAAAAAACAAAGAAAACAUAUAUUGAAGCUAGGAAGAGCCUAGCUGCUUUCCUUGGUGCAGAGCAAUUGCUCAAGCAACAUGAGCAGCAAACUAGACCGCUUCCAAGAGCCGUCUACAGCGAGGGCCAAUUGAAUGGACAUAGUAACUCAUCAGAAAAGCAAACUAGCGUCAGUGAAACCACAAUUGAUGACCUUGCUCAUCAGGGUGAAGAGUCUAAUCGGCAGCGGAAGAAACAGAAAAUAGAUGUUACAAGUGAUGUUUGUAAUGAGGUAGUCAUUGAAAAGGCAUCUUCUGUUGGGAAUUCUGAUGUGGCACCCAUGAAUGCUUCUGUACUCCAGAACAAAAGCAAUCAACUUCAGGAUGCUGAACAAGACCAUGCGGAAAACACAGAGGCUCAUGAGGGAAGUUCAUCCCAGAACAGAUGCAGUCCUGCUGCAAAUCCAGAAAUUGAGACUGACAAAGAGGAUGGCCCCACACAUUCUCAUCACCAGUCUAAAGACACUGAUGAAAUAGAAUUUACAUCUUCAAGUGACUCUGGCAAGCCAUUAUCACCCCCUUGGCGUACUACUAAGCAUCACAGAGCAAGACUACAAGAGAGGGAAGCAACAGUAUCAAGUAAUUCUACAAAAGCGUUUGGGCAGAAGGAUCAACACGAGCCUUUACCAUCAAGGAAACGGAAAUAUGCAUACCCACCCAAGCGUUAUUCCAAUGCAACUGGAAGGCGAUCCAGGCUUUGUUGGACAGUCAAGGAAGAAGCAGCUCUAAGGGAAGCAAUGAAAAUAUUCACCCCAAGGGACAACGAGCCUAUUCCGUGGAUUCAGAUACUGGAACACGGCAGAGACGUAUUUGACGAGACACGCCUCCCAAGUGAUCUGAGGGUCAAGUGGAGGAACAUGAAAAAUAGAGGAGACGUGUGACGCUGACAGUUUCCUCACCUCAUUGAAUAUCCUCAUGUAAGAAUGUUUGUGCUAUAUUCUCGCCAAGUAGGGACCAGAAAGUUUUCGUCGUCCCCAGUUGAUUUUCAUGCAUGCUAGUCGAUGAUAUAUUUUGUUUCGGAUCAUUAGGAAACUAAGAAUUCUGGGAAGCUCGUCGGACUGUCAUCCGAGCAACAUCAGACAGUUGACUUUUUCCAGUCUUUUGUGCUAUUUUGAUCUAGUGGUAUCGUUUUU